UGACUGUGCUGCUGACGUCAGGCGGCUCUCGGUUCGUUCCCUGGCGCGAGGACUUUAUUUUCAUAACAGCGCGCAGUGCCGGGGAACUGGAAUAGGCGUGUCCGCUCCCCUGACCCUCUCCCGCCCCUUGUCCCGCUGCUCACCUCCUCGCUCGCUCCCUCCCUCCCUCCGGCGAUAGCCGCCUUUAUAACUGCUCGGCGCCCAGAGGGCGGGAUCCAUCACUUUCGCGGGGUCCCCAGCAUCCAGGGGCCGGGCGCGGCGUCGAAGGCGCGGGAAGCAGCGCUGGUUCAAGCGCCUGAAGCCCAGGCACAGGGAUCACAAUGGCCACUACCCCUCGUGGUUGCCGCCAAAGCCUGGAUGCCAGGUAUCACAGACUUUGUGACUUAGAUGGAAUUUGGGGCAUUGUCCUGGAAGCGGUGGCCGCAGCUGGGGCCGUGACCUCGGUGGCCUUCAUGCUAGCUCUCCUGGUCCUCGUCUGCAAGGUGCAGGACUCCAACAGGCGAAAGGUGCUCCCAGUCCAGUUUCUCUUCCUCCUGGGUGUGCUGGGGAUCUUCGGCCUCACCUUCGCCUUCAUCAUCACUCUGGACAGCAGCACGGGGCCCACGCGCUUCUUCCUCUUCGGCGUCCUCUUCUCCCUCUGCUUCUCCUGCCUCCUGGCUCACGCUCUCAACUUGAUGAAGCUGGUGCGAGGGUGGAAGCCGCUGUCCAUGCUGGUGAUGCUGGGCCUGGCCGUGGGCGUCAGCCUGGUGCAGGACAUCAUCGCUAUUGAGUUUGUCGUCCUCACCAUGAACAGGACCAAUACCGCCAUCUUCACUGAGCUUUCUCCUCCUCGGCGCAAUGAGGACUUUGUCAUGCUGCUCAUCUUUGUCCUCUUCUUGAUGGCACUGACCUUCCUCACAUCCUGCUUCACCUUCUGUGGGCCCUUCACUGGCUGGAAGAGACACGGGGCCCACAUCUGCCUCAGCACACUCCUCUCUAGUGCCAUCUGGGUGGCGUGGAUCGUCCUGCUCUUGGUCACCUCUGCCCCUGGCCCUGAGUGGGAUGAUACCAUCCUCAGCUCAGCCUUGGUGGCCAAUGGCUGGGUUUUCCUGUUGGUUUACGUUGCACCUGAGUUUCGGCUGCUCACGAAGCAACAGAACCCCAUGGAUUACCCUGUUGAGGAUGCUUUUUGUAAACCUCAAUUCAUGAAGCAGAGCUAUGGUGUGGAGAACAGAGCCUACAGUCAAGAAGAAAUCACACAAGGUCUUGAAGAGAUAGGUGAUACCAUCUAUGCCCCUUAUACCACCCAUUUUCAGCUGCAGAAUCGGACCUCCCAAAAGGAUUUCUCCAUUCCGCGGGUCCAGACUCGGGUCAGCCCUUACAAUGACUACGAAGGAAGGAAAAGCGGCAGUUAGCUGUUCUGAGGAGUAGGAUGAGCACAAGUCCGCAGGACUAACGCGGAGCCCGAAGGGAUGUGGGCGAACCUGAAGCCUCCCAAGGAAGCCAUGCAAAGCAUUGUGGGAAAUCAUGGCCUCCCCACCGGCCUCGACAGCUCUUCUGUCCUGGAGCUGCGGUGGUAGGAAGGCUCCAGUUCUUAGCAGCACCGUAGUUUUUUCUUAGCUCCAUACUUAGGAUGCUUCUUAUAAGUGGGGGUAUCAGGCAACACAGGGUUGGCCUCUUACUAUUCCCUGUCACUUUCCCUGUGACUAACGCACUGGCCAUGUAACUGCGUGGUCGCUCAUUGAGCUUCCAGAGCCAGCACGCAGCGCUGGUUUUGUGAGGAUUGCUUGGCUCAGAGCAGAACUGCAAAUCUGAGCAAAAACAGCAAAGACCUCUUGGCCCCUUCCUGCCUAAAUCUACACUGGAAGCCAACCACUGGGACCCUCCCUUCUUGUCUGGGUCGGAGAGCUAAAGGUCACCCUAAUUUACGCGUCUCUGUUGUGCUGCCCAACACUGGACCCCGGUGGGUCCCCAGCACCGGUUCACAGGUCUCGAAACUCUUCUUGUAUCAUUUCCCAAGCUGGCUGUCCGUCUCCCUGCUAAUCUCCCCUGAAUGUUUUAUCAGGAGUCUCCUAGACCUCACUAGCCUGGACAAGCCCAGUUUCUCUGCCCAGAGAAUUUGCGCACUGUUCUUUCUGUAAAUUCCUGGCACUGAUUGGAAUCCCAGCCUCUGUAACUAGAUUUGCACUGUGUUCACCCCCUGUGUUCUGUAAAUGGGCAUUGUCUACGGGUGGGGAGCGUUUGUUCCUUGUUUAAUAAGUUAUUCAGCAUUCUUUACCUGGAGACGCAAUAAAGAUGUGGUGGUAACUCA